AUGGACAGCCGGGUACUCGAGCAUCCUCACGCCCAGUUCGGAGGCUCCUUGGGCGGAUUGGUGGGCUUCCCGUACGCGCUCAGUGCCCAUCACCACCACCACCACCAUCACACCCUGUACGAGCUCGCCAGCGGGCACCAGCUGCAGUCUGCGGCCGCCGCCCCCUUCUCUAUAGACGGAUUACUGAACGGCUCCUGCUCGGCCUCGGUGGUCAGCUCCAACCCGCUGCUGUCGCCCGACGGCGGACAGUUCAAACUCUCAGAUUCUGGGGACCCGGAUAAGGACAGUCCAGGUUGUAAACGGAGACGAACGAGGACAAAUUUCACGGGGUGGCAGCUGGAGGAGCUCGAGAAGGCUUUCAACGAGAGUCAUUACCCGGAUGUGUUCAUGCGGGAGGCGCUCGCGCUCAGGCUGGACCUCGUGGAGUCCAGGGUUCAGGUUUGGUUUCAAAACCGACGAGCUAAAUGGAGAAAGAAGGAGAACACAAAGAAGGGUCCGGGUCGGCCUGCUCACAACUCCCACCCGACCACCUGCAGCGGCGAGCCCAUGGACCCUGAGGAGAUCCUACGCCGGGACAGAGAGCGAGCCGAGAAGAAGAAGAGGAAGCAGGAGAGGAAGCUGCUGAAAUCGCAGAACAAACUUCUGGCCGGGGAAAGCUUCCACACACCGGGGGGCUCGGAUAGCGACAGCGGGGUGUCCCAGUUCACUGACAGCGAGCAGCAGUGUUCGAGCGUCAGUGGGAGUAUUCACCUUGACCUGCCUGCAUCCAAGUCCACAGGAGGAAGACACCAAACUGAAUCCAGCUGUGACCAAACACGACACGACUUCAGUCCACUACAAAACCACCAAAACCAAAGAACCGCAGGAGAACCGGAGCAGGUUUCUCCGGGCAGCUUCACGCACAGCUCCAGCCCUGGAGGUCCAAGAUCCUCCGCCCUGCAGAAACGCAACCCUUUCAGCGUGGAGAGCCUCCUCUCCGACGUCACGCCUCGACGGAAACCUCAGUUGGACUUCCCCUCGCUGCCCAGCCAGAGGACUCUCAUAGGGAAAGGUCACUUCUUGCUUUACCCCAUUACCCAUCAGCCUUUGGGUUUUCUGGUGCCCCAAGCAGCCCUGAAGGCCUCACCGUGUCUGGGACAGAUGUUUGUGCCGAGUGAAGGAAACCCCGACCUCUCCAGCUUUGUCUCUAAGCCUCUAAACUCGGAUCAUACGGAGCACAACAAUCACAUUAGCAAUAGAGCGGAUGGAGCAGACAGUGGUGACUGCAGCAAAGCAAGACUCCCUGUUUCUCCCCCGGCUAACAGUGAGGCUCAGUGCAGAGACAGUAACGAGGAGAGGAGUUUGAAAGUUCUCAGCAGCAAUGCAAGAUUCCCAGUUUCUCCUAACAUCGAGGUUCAGGCCAGGCUGAGCUCCUCUCCGUGCAGAGACAGUAUCGAGGAGAGGAGUUUGACAAAUGGCUGCCAAGCUGCCGAGCAGUGUGCCGAAGAGAAGGGUGCGAGCGAGGCGUCUCCAGCCCUCUCCGAACGUCUCAAGGCAAACACAGACUGUCAAGAAACACCCGGAACAGAUGGAGAGGAUGUCGAUAUGGACUAACACUUUGCAAGGAGCGCAAACAUAAACAAAGGACCAGGAACAACCGCUCAGACUAUUCAAACAUUCCCAAAGCUCUGCUGAGACACUCGGAAAAACAUAUCAGGAAUCAGGAGACUUAAUUCUCAUCUAUUUUUUAAUCAUAACGUGUGAUCAAUCCAGAUGGCGCCCCUUUUAAAAAGCUAGUGGCUGUCUUCAUAUUUUUAGGCCUUUAGAAGCAGGCUCUUUCUCUUUUUUAGUGCCCUAUUAAAAUCUAGACGACAACAAACAUCUCACACACAACGAAA